AUGACGAGUGUUAAGGAAACAAAGGAGCCAAAGCCCUCUAUAAAUCGUGCACGAGAUUUGCCAUGGUGGAAGCGGCUCGUGCUCGACCCUUCCUAUAGGAAACGUGUCCGGCGGAUAGCAACAGAGUGCUACCGUAAGGAGAUGAGCGUGGUGCGCGACUUCCCAGAGAAGUUGUUUUCAGCCGAGCGCGAAUAUGGAGUUCCCCUCGUUUCUUCUUCGCAGUACGUACAACUGGAGGGUGAAAGCAAGUGGGCCACCAGGCACCCAUCGACUAUCAUGAAAACUUCCUCCUUGAAGACGCUGCGGGAUUCGGCAACAACCACGGUUCUUCCCGUUUUUGGACAGGACCACGAGUCCCGCGUUGACGAUGAAAUAAAGAGGCUGUUUCAGCAGGAGAAAGCAGACAAUCGGCUUUACGGUCUUUCAUACAUUUGGGACGAACAGCUCCCGCCGAUGGGGUUUAUUAGACAGUGGCCUCCACCGCAUCAGGGUAUGUGGCCCACCGGUUGUGUGCACAGACAGUUGCAAAAGGUGCAACUUCCAUCAGAUAGGAAGGCGCGAGAAGCUCUAGCACAUAACCCCUUGUUUGUUCAUAUCUACCGGCAGGGUGGCGAGUUUCUUGGAGUAUGGCGUCAGAGUCUUCUGUUGCUGAGGUACAAAAUAAUAUGUUGUGCUCUCCAUGAGGAGGCUCUCGGAAGUCGCAACCCUAACGGUGAAAAAAAAAGUUCCACCAGAAGGGCACAUCUGAUGUACGUGCCAGAGUUCACGUCUCCGCUGUUGCGCCUCCAGGGUGAUACGACAGUUAGCGUAAUGGAGGGAAGGGUGAAUGUUGAAACUAUUUCGCCACCAACUACUUGGGAGGGGCUCGCACCCUCACCGUCUAAAGUUCACGUGGAUCAGGGUUACCUGAAUUGGUGUGCCUUCCACAACAGCUCCCCAAUGGUGCGGCAGUCGGUUCGGGACGUAUACAACAUGCUGCCGCACGACGAAGAUGGUCGGUUGACAAAGGAUGUGUUCGUUGAAUUCGUGCUAGACCUACUGAAUCUGUUUUUCCCCCUGAAUAACUCCGCAUCAAAUAUUGCGAUCGCCGAAGAGGAGUGGGCGUUCCGCGGGACAUCAGAGCUGGUGUCAUUUGAUACCUUCUUCGAAAAGUUCUUUAGUUUCCCAUUUAUAUUUCUCCGAAACUUCGAGGAGGUGACGCGCGACAUGUAUGUAGAGGUGUGGUGUUUGAUUCGCAUCUGUCUGCUGGAGACAGAACACACCAUCCACUCUAGUUCACGUGGCAUCACAACCAACGUGACGGAGGUGCUGAAACAGAGGUUGGAACAGGACUACGAGCAAACCGCAACGCGUACGCUCCAUCGAAUUCCAAAACAGCGAAGUUUCACCCUUAAUGGUGGCAACAGCAAUGCGAAUUUGGACUUUCAGAUGGUGCCGAAGCCGAAGAUAGCACCCCUCCAUAGCAAGGGUCGUCCCCCUCCACAACAACCGAGGGAUAUUCCUGCUCUGAUAAGCGGGAUCAACGGCUUCACGGCAGAGGAUGUGAUUAACCUGGGGUGUACUGACUUCCACAACACCGACAAUUAUAAGACGUAUGCAAUGAAGCGCAGGAUCCUCGAGGAGUGCGAAGAUGCACCGUACAAAAUCCCAUCGUCGCGGCAGGUGCUUUUCGCUCACAAGAAGGCUGAACGACUGCUGGCAGAGGACAGAGAAGCCAACCAACUCGAGUCACCACAGAUUUUUCUGGAGGUUGAAGAAGCUAAUGAUUCGCUGGGUACAUAUGUAUUGGGGUCCCCCAGUUCUUCUACUACUGGCUCCGUUAAGUCGCACAAUAAUCGCAUGGAAAGCAUGAAAAAGCGUCGAGAUGCACUAGAGGAGCUUGAAAAUCGGCACACAAUCGAAAAGUUGUUAGCUACCUCUUACUGGUACAGAAGGCGGCGGCAGCAGCGGAAAAAGGCACUUAACGACGCCCACACGCUGGUUUCUCGUUGUCAUACCUCAUGGGAAAUGUUCCAGUACGAUGUUUAUGAAAUACCAGAGGAGAACCCAACGGAAGUGGACGACCUGAUCGCCUUUGUCCUCGACUUACCCGAUGAUUUCUUUGUGGUGGAUACAUCACUGCGUAUGCGUAACACCGUUUAUAGGGUUCAUGAAAGUGUUCGUGAAAGCCGCUUGCCGAAGGUUCGCAAGGUUGAUGAGCUUCAACUAUUUGAGGAAAGGAUUAAAAAGGAAGCAGAAUCCCUGUGGCGCGAGCGCUUAUAUGGUACAGAAAAACAGUCUGUAAAGGAGGGCGAUUCCGAAGCAGCACAACCUGAGGGGUCGUCAACAACUGUGGACGAUGAAGUGCCCCCACGUUUGCCAGCAAAGAGUAACGUGGUUUACCAGCCCCAAGUGUGGAGCCUCACCGAGCUCUCCCAGGCAACGACCAGGAGAAACUGGUCGGUUGCGUCCGCUCUUAAGUGCGCUGUCAAAGUCCCCUCCACGGCUGGACACAACGGCUUUAGUUGA